AUGUUCAGGGCGUAUGAGCAGCAGAGGCAGAGCCAUCAUAAUCAUAAUCAGGAGGUGAUUGGGUUUGAGAGCGGGAUUAAUAAUGGUGGGAUUAGUGAAUAUCAUCAUCAUGUUGGGGAUAAUUCAGUUCAUGAUGGGUUUGAUAAUGAGAUUAGUGGUGGUGUUGGGGAAGUUGAGCCGUGCUUGGCCCUUGGCAGCAUGGAUGGACGAGGGAGUUAUAAACAUAGUCAUAAUCAUCAUCAUCAAUUGCAAGAGCAGCUUUUCAUUCAUGCAGAGCAACAAGAGCAGGCAGAAACUAAUCAUAAUUAUCAGCAUCAACAUAGUCCAGGGAGUGAUGAAGGUACGAGCUUAGGGCCUCUCUCUUAUAAUUAA